UUUCGAAUUCAGUUCCAGAUGAACUGUCAACUCUAACCGUGACAACAGAAAGUCCAUCUUCCAGUUCACCUACUGGUCCGUCUCACAAUCAAGUACCUAUUAUUACCAUCAGCAUUAUCGUCGUCAUUGUUGUCGCAGUGGCAUUGGUCUGCGUGGUGUAUCGACGUCGUAGAGCUCACAGGAUACAGACGAAAGUUCAUCAGGCCUUGCAGAUGAAACAUUUGAAACACUCGGACAUUUCGGAAGCAACUGCAAAACCAACCAAGAAGGUAGAUGGACCAACCAAGAACUCCCGCCUUACACAUAAGCAGGAUACAGACGCAUGCAUUGACAACAGAUCCUGGCAGGCUAACCAAAGUAGUGUCAAAGACAAAAUAUGUGAAAAUUUCGCUGCACACUCUUACAUGGACAAGAUAAUUUCCUCUAGUAAGAGAGAAGGUCUGCCUGACAAUGGUUACGAAGUUGAUGAGAAACCAUCGAGCUCAGCUGCCGCCGACGGACGCUUGCAUGUGUACGAGUAUUGCUACAUCCAAAGUAACACCGUAACUCCCAGCUCGGGUUGCCGAGAGGGCGCUCGACAAGGAGUCUAUGAAGCAGUAGGUGACCUACGGUUUUAAUGCACAUAUUCAUCUGAACCAAAGCUCUGGAACGACUAACAACGGGGGACAUGUUGUAUUACGUGAAUAUGUAAAAAAAUAAAAUACAUAUCAAGCUCCAGUCGCAGAAAAGUGUUAGUGUGUGGACGUGUGUGUGCGCGAGUGAGAGGUGAUGUGGAACCAUUCCCAGUCUUACGCAUAUUUUUUUUUCCUUCGGGUCACAAGAACACAUUUGUAAACGAUAUAGCGAAGCAAACUAGUAAGCCAUGAAUGUAUUUUUGUAACAUCUUUUUAGGUUGACGAAGAAGGAUCUGAUGCACUCUUCAACAAUAUUUUUCAAAAAAAAAAUAGCAAGAACCCCCCCCCCCCCGUCUCAUGCUCCGAAAUAUACAGAAAUUAAAGUUCUAUGUCCUACUUUAUAAGUCGCGAUCAUGCUCAAUAAACAUAAUUAUGAAUAAUUAA